GGCCGGCGGGUAGCCAUUCGGAUUCUCGGACAGCUUGAAACAACACUUAAAUAGCGGUGCGAUACUCUUGCAAAACACGUGAAGUUAAUAAUAUUUAAAAAAUACCUCAUUUUUAAUUCUAACAACUUCAAAGUUCCAUUUGAGUGGAGUAUUUUGAUCAUAGUUGCUACUGUUGGACUAUAAAAUGGUGUCGAAAAUUGUCAUUAUUGCCUUGAUUGUGGGGACCGCUAGUGCUGCUACAUGGAUCGGCAUGCCUCCUAGGAAACCUGAAGCACUUGCUCACAAAAACGGUUGUUACGUUGAAGAAAUCAAUGACGUUAUUCCUUUUGGUGAGACAGUCUCUCCUAUUGGCGUAUGUUACAGCAUUUCUUGUGGAAGAGUGAUGGACUAUGCAUCAUGCGGUGUAGUCUCGACUGACGAUCCCAACUGCCAUGUGACUGAUGAAGACUUAAGUAAACCCUACCCACAUUGCUGUCCAGACGUCAAGUGUGAUAUCGACAACAAUUUAUUUUAGACUUUAUCGUUUAUAAGUUUAGGUUUAGUUUCCAACCGUGUUAGAAUCUUGGCGUUACCAGUUUGUAAAGGGUGAAUAAAGGAAAAUUGUGAAUUGAUAAAAUUGUUGAGUGCCAUAUUUUAAUUAUGAAGAAUGAUAAUAUAUUUGAUGUUAGAGAUUUAGGUUAAGCGUUUGAUGAUGCAGAGAAAAUAUUUUUUUAAGAAGUGAUAGUACAUUAAUUUAUUUUUAUAAAACGCCAUGAUUUUAACAGGGAGAUAUCUAGAGUGCAGAGUGCAGUGAAUUGCACUGUGACGAAUAGAUGGAGUUCCUUUUCAAAGAGUUUUUAAACUCUAGAAGCUAUCUUGCCACCAAAUUGUUAAUUUAAUUUGUUUUUUAUUGAAUUAGAAAUUAAUAUAAAAUU